AUGCCAGCUCCAAGCGCGCAGGAUCUCGCGGCGGCGGCGCGGCAGUGCGGCGGUGCCAGGGAUCUCGCCUCCGCCCGACGCCUGCACGCUAGGGUUUGCUCCAGCGAGCACCGUGCGAGCCUCUUCCUCGCGAAUCUGCUCAUCGAGAUGUACGGGCGAUGCGGCGGCGUGGAGGACGCGCGCCAGUUGUUCCUCUCGCUGCCGGAUCCCAAUGUUUUCUCCUGGAAUAUCAUGAUCCAGUGCCUGAUCCAGAAUGGACUCGUCGAGGAGGCAGCGGGGACGUUUGAUCAGAUGCCGGUCAGGAGCAUCGUCUCCUGGAAUUCGAUGAUCGCGGCGAAUGCUCACGCUGGAAACAUGCGCCAGGCACUGGAUCUCUUCGAUCGGAUGCCGCAGAAGGACAUCGUCUCUUGGAACUCGAUCAUCUCUGGCUACGUCCAAAACGGAGAAAUCUCGAAAGCGCUAGCUCUCUUCGAUCGGAUGCCCGAGCACGAUGUUUUCUCUUGGUCAGCGGCGAUCAUAGCAAAUGCCCAGAUAGGGAAUCUUGCGGCCGCUGUGAUCAUCUUCUCCACAAUGGCGGAGUGGAAUGUGAUCGCCUGGAACUCCAUGAUCACCUUGUACGCGCAGAAUGGAUUCCUCCGUCACGCCAAGAGCUGCUUCGAUUCGAUGCCCGAGCGAGACAUGGCUUCCUGGAAUGCGAUGCUGGCAGCAUUUGCCCAUGGCGGGAUGAUCCAAGAGGCGAUCGAUCUCUACCACCUGAUGCCACGAUGGGACACUCUCUCCUGGAACGUAAUGAUCUUCGUGUUCGCGGCGGCAGGAAAGAUCCACAGAGCCAGGGAGAUCUUCGACAGCCAGCGAGAGAGAAGCCCGAGCUCUUGGAACUCGAUGAUCGCGGCCUACGCGCAGAUGGGCGAUUUGGAAGAAGCUCGCAGGCUGCUGGAAGCGAUGGCGCUGCCGGAUCCUCUGUCCUGGGCACCACUGCUAGCUGCUUACGCACAGAAGGGAGAGAUCGCGGAAGCAAAAUCCCUGUUUGAUCGGCUGGAUCGCAACAAGAGCAUCGUCUCCGCAAACUCGAUGAUCUCGGCCUACACGAUCUCCGGCAAGAUCGACGCGGCUGCCACGAUCUUCGACCAGAUGCCCCAGAGAAAUACCGCUACUUGGAACGCGAUGCUCGCGGCGUAUGCCCAAAGCGGCGAUGUCUCCAUCACGACCAGAUUCUUCCACUCCAUGCCGGCUCGCAGUGUCGUCUCGUGGACCACCAUGAUCGCGGCAGUGAGCGAGAGCGGCGAUCCAGGCCUGGCCAGGAAGAUCUUCGACGGAAUGUUGGAUCGAAGCACUGUCUCCUGGAACUCGAUGAUCACGGGGUAUGCCAGUAACGAUCUCUCCGACCAAGCGAUUGUGCUCUUCCAGCUGAUGAUCGCGGAAGGAGUCCAGCCCGAUGAGAUCACUUUCGUGGCUGCUCUAGCCGCUUGCGCCGACUCGCAAGACUUAGAACAAGGCCAGCGAAUCCAUAGCAUGAUCGCGGAGUACGAUUCCAAGGCAACUUCCACCACCAUCGCCACCAGCGUUUCUUCGUCUCUCAUCGCCAUGUAUGGGAAGUGUGGCUGCCUCGAGACCGCUGCUCACGUCUUCCACAGCGUUGCUCGCAAGGAUCUGGUCUGCUGGAACGCGAUGAUCGCGAUUUACGGCCAAGCUGGUCACAUCGUCCGGUCCCUCGAGACCUUUCACAGCCUACACCUGGAAGGAAUGCUGCCGGAUCAAGUCACGUUCGUCUGCGUUCUAGCUGAUUGUAGCCACGCUGGUCUGCUCGAAGUUGGCUACCAGAUCUUCUGCUCGAUCACUGUGAGCUACGGACUAUCCUUGCUCGGAGAUCACUGCCGCUGCAUGGUUGAUCUCCUCGGACGCUCUGGCCGGCUGGAAGAGGCCGAGGAGUUGAUACGUUCCAUGCCAUCCCAGGCGGGGAGCUCCGCCUGGACGAGCCUGCUUGCUUCUUGCCGGAUCCAUAGCGACGCACGGCGAGCCGCCAGAGCCGGGCGGUAUGCUAAAGCACCAGUUUUGCUCACCAAUAUCCUCGUCGAAAGUCACUGA